AUGCCCGAGAGCGACAUCAAGGCUCUGACCACGCUGUGCGACCUGGCUGACCGUGAGCUGGUGGUCAUCAUCGGCUGGGCUAAACACAUCCCAGGCUUCUCUGCUCUGUCGCUGGGAGACCAGAUGAGUCUACUGCAGAGCGCCUGGAUGGAGAUCCUCAUCCUCAGCAUCGUGUUCCGCUCGCUGCCGUACGAGGACGAGCUGGUGUACGCCGAGGACUACAUCAUGGACGAGGAGCACUCGCGGCUGACGGGCCUGCUCGACCUCUACGUGUCCAUCCUGCAGCUGGUCCGCAAAUACAAGAAGCUCAAGGUGGAGAAGGAGGAGUUUGUCACUCUCAAGGCCAUCGCUCUCGCCAACUCAGACUCCAUGCACAUAGAGGACAUGGAGGCAGUCCAGAAGCUCCAGGACGCCCUCCACGAGGCCCUGCAGGACUACGAGAGCAGCCAGCACCAGGAGGACCCGCGGCGGGCAGGCAAGCUGCUCAUGACCCUGCCCCUGCUGAGGCAGACGGCCACCAAGGCUGUGCAGCACUUUUACAGCAUCAAAGUGCAGGGCAAGGUUCCCAUGCACAAACUCUUCCUGGAGAUGCUGGAGGCCAAGGUCUGAUCGGAGGGUGGCUGAUUGGCCAUGGCAACAGAGGAGGGCUGCGUUGGCGAUACAGAGUGACUUGAACCGAGGCUGAGGGUCCUCAGGAGAGGGAGACCCCCACUGACUGAGGCGGGACAGAGACUGUCCUCUCUCGCUCCCCCUCCUGGAACCCUGGGGCACUAAAUAAAAAAGAAGAAAUGCAAAACGUGGUUAUUAGUAUAAAUAUAAAAAGGAUGCAGAUUAAUUUAAAAUAUAUAAGAAAUACUAUGUACAGUAAUAAUUUUUUUUUGUUUUUUGUUAAUUGUUAGUGGUCAUGCUGUAUAUGAAGAAGGACCCCUCUGCCCCUCAGCGUCUUCAGAAUAAGUAGUUGCCAGUUCUUGAUAGAGACAAGACAAGUUUUUUUGUUUGUUUUCAGAAAACAAAAAGUUGUUUAAAUUUGUUCUUAAGGCAGCAAAGUUGUCAACAACCAUAAACAGACUCAGUUGUCUCCCAGUUGUGUUUUCGCCUGGACUCGACCAGGACCAUGUAUAUAUUUAUUAAUGGAAGACUGAGUGUACAGAUAAAAGUCUGGUGAACUUGGUGGCCAUUUUCUCUUGUUCUCCUCCCGGAUAAAAAAAAAAGAUGAACUAAAAUUGUUACUUAAAUGUGAACUCUUGUCAGUUUAAAUGUCCUUGGAUAUACCUCUCCAGAGCAGUGAGCCGUGUGGUCGUUGUGGAUCCUUCUCAGACCGGAAGACUUGCUGGUCCCAUGUUUAGCAGAACUAGCAUAGGCAGGUACAAUAUUCAGUCGAAUUAUUCUGUAGUAACUCAGCAAUAAAGGGGGCUGUGUGGGGAGGCUGGGCUUGACCUCCUAUCUCACAUGUGCUUUUCAACGCUGCUGUUGCUAAAAGACCAUGUCUGUAUAUCUCAGUCCCACCAGUGGGACACACCACUGUACCGCUGUUGCACACCAGUGUUUCUCCUCCCCUCUCCCCUCCUGUAGUGGUUUGUGUCAGUGCUGUUUAUGCAACCCAUUGAACCCCAAAUUUGGUCAUUGCAUCUUGGCAUGCGAACAGAUGACCUGAUUCGGGUUAGGUGAAAGAUGAUCAGCGGGUUUGGUGUGGCAGUAUCAAAGGAUCUAUGCCGAGUGGCAGGAGUCCAGGAGAUUCCAUGUUCAAACAAUCAGAGGUCCAUAUGUCAGCCACUCUAUUUUGGGCUCUUUUAAGCCUGUGGCAGAGUCAUCCUGCACACAGGGUGCAAGGUGCCCAGCAUCUGCUCUCACCAUUUUAGACACCUCCCAUCUUUUAAUAGCUGUGCCUGCAUUUAUAGAGCUUCAACCAAACGGAGGUAAAUGGCAGGUGCAGGGCCGGAGUGGUGGCACUUCACACUGGGUUUAUUUUUAACCUGGCAGGAGGUGGUUGUCUGCACAGCCUCCCUCCAGGAGUACAGUAGACACGUGGAACACUUCUUCUUGACCUCAUGUUGACACAGUGGCCGGAGCAGAGUAACACCUUUCUCUCCGGUCUGGAGGCGGGCAGGAAUCUGUGAGGAGAGAUCGGAAUGCCCUAGAAUGCACAUGUGAAUAGCUAUGCAAGAAACAAAGUGUCAGCAUGCAUGCUUCGUAGGGUAACAGCAACCCAACAGCGUGUCAGUACAAGGUGUGAUCUCUGGUGGGAGAACAAGAUGUUGCGCUCCCUUCUCCCUGUGUUUAGCUACGUAUCCAUGACGCCGGGUGUGAGUGAUACGUUAGUCCAGUCCAGCAGAGCUGCCGCUCAUCUCCAUGUGAGGGAGGAUGUGUCGGAGGUGAAUACUUAUACUACUGAAGGAAUUUAUGUGAUGUGAUAAAUUGUGACACUGUUGCAACAAUAUGAUACUGUGAUCAAAAGAAUCCCUAACAUUGCAGUAGGGUAGGAUUGCUGCCAUGCUCCAGAUAUCAGUGGCUAGCACUGAUCCAGCGCCGGCAUGCUUUUUUUUACAGCAGCCUGACUGGCCAAGCAAUGGAGGAUGUCUACCCACUCCAGCACCCAAUCAUCUUUACUUGAACCAGCCGCUGUCGAGUUAACAAGCUCCACUGUAGACGGUGACCAUAUAACUUGAGUUAUUUUACUGUUGUGCAAUACAACAGGGACCAAUUCUGACUGAAACCAUGCUGAAAAGCAUGCUUUUACUUAGAUUUGGGAGAAUUGUAACGCUACUAACUAACAUACAGCAUUCUAAAGCCCUCUAAUUUUAAACAUGUAUCCCGUAUAUCAGAAGAGGAACUAUAUUUGAUUUGCUUAGCUGACAAAAACACUUUUGUGCUUAUUUCAAUUAAAACUUUUGCAGAAAAUCUUUACAACUAGUAUUUUAUAGUGUCCCAAAUGAUGAUCCAUAAGAAUCAUGAUAACGGGAGUUGUCUCAUCUUCCUGUUUCUUUUUACCAAGCAAUGUGGCACUGUGUUAACUAAAAGAUAACAUGUCUUACAUUACAAUCUGUGUCCAAGUGUGUAAAUGUAUCAGCGUCAAUACAGUAGGUUGCCGAAAUACCAUUGAAAAUAAAGUAUGCAGCACCCUGCUGACUACUACCUCAUUAUCAUAUUGUCAAUAUUUCUCUGAUUCAACACUUUCUGCUCUUUAUCAACUUCACAUGUCUGUGACAUACAGUACCUGAGCCAUCCAUGUUUUUAUCAGACAAACUCUCUCUCUCUCCCUCAGUGCUCCUGCCAAAAUGUUUGUAAUCGUAGUUUCUGAUCUUCCUGUUUGUCCUUCAUAGACCUGUUUGUAAAGGUAAAGCAUGCUUCACGUCGACCACGUGACUUGGCCAUUGGCGGGUGUGACCCCCAUUUUGGUUACGAAGCGGGUAUUUGUUUUUAUGAGCAACAGUGUGUCAGAAUUGGUCCCUUGAUGAUAAAUUGCAGACAGGGGCAGGUGACUGAUUUCCUGCUUCUGUGCUCUGAGUAUUUAUGGUGUGAAAUAUAUCAUUUGGCAAUGGUGUACAUUGAUAUCUCUGAUCGUUGAAUCACCAAUAUCUGUGUAACUUUUAUGUUUUGAUUUUCAAAAAGGUAAAGGAUCAACAAAUUAAAUACUCCCUGAACUCUGA